CUUUCUCAAAAAAAUUCCGAACGACCGCUGAACUAAAAAUAUGAGUUCUGAUCUGAAGAGAAAGCAGCAGAAGAAGAUAAAUCCUAAACCUGUUCAAUUAAAUCCUAAUUGGUCACUCCUCCAACAAAAGCUGAAAUCUGAUUCUCAUGGCAACACUCGAAAAUCUUCAAACCCAGAAAAUCCCAGCUCCAUAUUAGGGAAGAGGAAGGAGAGACCCGAUUCGGAGCUGGAUGUUCCUAAGAUUGAUCCUUUAACUCCGGUUAACGACGAUUCCAGUUUGACAGAUGAAGUGGCUAUGGACUGUGAAAUGGUUGGUGUCAGUCAAGGAACCAAAAGUGCCCUUGGACGAGUUACCUUGGUAAAUAAAUGGGGAAAUGUUCUAUAUGAUGAGUUUGUCCGUCCAGUGGAACGUGUUGUUGACUUUCGUACUCAUAUAAGCGGGAUUCGACCUCGAGAUUUGAGAAAGGCCAAAGAUUUCCGAGUUGCUCAAACCAAAGUAGCAGAGUUGAUAAAGGGAAAGAUUCUCGUGGGACACGCCUUGCACAACGAUCUCAAGGCUUUGCUGCUAACUCACCCGAAAAAAGACAUAAGGGACACAGCAGAGUAUCAGCCCUUUCUCAAGGACAAAACCAGAAAGUCUCUGAAACAUCUCGCAGCUGAAAUUCUAGGGGCUGACAUUCAAAAUGGAGAGCACUGCCCUAUUGAUGAUGCACGAGCUGCUAUGAUGCUUUAUCAGAAGAACAGGAAAGAGUGGGAGAAAAAUGUGAAAGACCAGACACGGAUGUGGCUGAAACAAAAGAAGCGAUUGAUUUCCCGGCCGGCGAGGUUAAGUUCUCUUCGGAGCGUUUUUACCGGCUGCCGUGCUGUGAUGUUGCCCCGCUUUGGCGGUCCGGAGGUUUUUGAGCUCCGGGAGAAUGUUCCGGUGCCGAAUCUAAAUCCAAAUGAGGUUCUUGUCCGAGCGAAAGCUGUCUCCGUCAAUCCUCUUGAUUGCAGAAUACGAGCUGGAUAUGGACGUUCUGUAUUCCAACCGCAUCUACCUAUUAUAGUUGGACGUGAUGUCAGUGGUGAGGUUGCGGCAAUUGGGACUUCAGUAAAGUCACUUAAAGUUGGACAAGAAGUUUUUGGUGCGUUGCAUCCUACAGCGUUGAGAGGUACUUAUACUGACUAUGGAAUUCUUUCGGAAGACGAACUCACGGAAAAGCCAUCAUCAGUUUCUCAUGUGGAGGCAAGUGCCAUUCCUUUUGCAGCUUUGACUGCUUGGCGUGCUUUGAAGAGUAAUGCUCGGAUAACUGAAGGACAAAGGCUGUUAGUCUUUGGAGGAGGAGGAGCAGUAGGUUUUUCUGCAAUCCAGCUUGCGGUAGCAUCUGGGUGUCAUGUGACAGCCUCUUGUGUGGGACAGACCAAAGAUAGAAUACUAGCAGCUGGUGCAGAGCAAGCUGUUGACUACACAACCGAGGACAUUGAGUUGGCGGUAAAAGGAAAAUUUGAUGCUGUGUUGGACACUAUUGGUGGGCCUGAAACAGAGAGAAUAGGCAUUAACUUCUUAAGGAAGGGUGGAAACUAUAUGACUCUCCAGGGUGAGGCUGCAUCGUUGACUGAUAAAUACGGUUUUGUGGUUGGGCUUCCCCUUGCAACAUCACUCUUGAUGAAGAAAAAGAUACAAUAUCAGUAUUCUCAUGGAAUAGACUAUUGGUGGACGUAUAUGAGGGCUGAUCCAGAAGGUCUAGCCGAGAUUCAGCGGUUAGUUGGAGCCGGAAAGCUAAAGAUACCUGUCGAAAAAACAUUUUCAAUAACCGAUGUUGUUGCAGCUCAUGAAGCCAAGGAGAAGAAGCAGAUUCCGGGUAAGGUGGUUCUAGAGUUCUGAACUAUAUAUACAUAGUAGAAAUAAUAACACCUGCAUAGUUCU